AUGAGGCGGAUUAGACUAUCUAUCAGCCCUAACCCGCUGUACUGUUCGCCUGUUAGCACUUCGGGCUCCAUUUCGGCAUUUCCCCUCUCCCCUCUCGAAAGCUUUCGGCCGGCUCUCCUUCCCUUCGUCUCAAAACCGCUAGAAGCUUUGUCUCGUCGACAGCUUAGGGUUGAAUGUCUGUGUUCGUUCUCUAAUCUCUACUUCUAUUUGUCUUCCACAGAGUAUAUUUGCCCUCGGCGAGUCGACGUUGGAUCGACUACUCGAUCCAUGAAAGUCAUUUUAGGGGCUUGGGAGAGGUGCAACAACUCCCAAAAUUGGCUGGUGGGAUAAAAGCACAGUGCAGAAACUCUAUCCAUUGUUGAUUUUCCAUUAAAGGGUGCGGUUUUAAGAAGGUUUUCUAAAUUGCUUUUGUAAUUCAGUAAAUUUUUUUUUUUGCCAAUUAUUAUGGAACUGCUUUUGUAAUUCAGGAUAUAGAUCUUUAUUGGAUUUGGUAGUAGUUUGAAUCAGGUAACUUGGAACAUUGUCAAGCUAUGAAAGGAAUUCAUGAAGUGAGCAAGUAGGCUUUGGUAACUUGGAACAUUGUAAAAAAAAGUGACCUCAUUUGGCAUAUAUGUAAUAUGUAUCAUUUUCUUUAAAUUUUGUUCGUUCG